AAAAAAUGUGUUCCGUUAAGAGGAUGUCAAGCUCAAGAUACAGUUUCCUCUGUAACUCGCUACUAAUUCUCAGCUUUGCUGCUCUUGCAUUUCUAAUCCAUGCCCAAGAUCUAUCCGGUUUCAUAAGCUUAGACUGUGGGCUGUCAGAGGGUUCAAGCAACACUGAUCCCGAUACAGGCAUAACAUAUAUUUCAGAUGCACCUUAUAUCCAAACUGGCUUAACUAGAAGGGUGUUGCCCGAGUUUAGAGACGGUUUACCUCAGAGGUAUUGGACCGUUAGGAGUUUCCCGGAAGGAGACCGAAACUGUUACAACUUCACUCUCCGAAACGGAGACGUUUAUUUGAUCAGAGCAGGUUUCAUUUAUGGAAACUAUGACGGAGAAAACAUAGUACCAAAGUUUGAUCUUUACGUAGGACCUCAUUUCUGGGACACGAUUGAUUUAGGAUCUGUGGAUAAUAAAUUUUUCUACGACAUCUUUCAUGUUCUUCAAUCCGAUUAUUUGUAUGUCUGUCUAGUGAAAACUGGGAAUGAGGUGCCUUGCAUAUCAUUUCUCCAGUUGAUUCCUAUCGAUAACACAACUUAUCCGACUCUGUCUAUAACAGAAUCGCUCGAUCAUUAUGCAAGAUACGACGUUGGUUUGCCUUCCGGUGAGGAUGCUAUCGGGUUUCCCCAAGACGUUUUCGAUCGAUAUUGGUAUCAUUAUGUAAGGAAUGAUUGGGCGCAAAUAAAUACCUCUUCAACUGUCCUAGGCUCUGGAAAUGAUACUCCAUCGGUUGUGAUGAGCACUGCAGGUACGCCCGUAAAUGCUAGUCUGCCGAUGGAUAUAUCCAUGAGCAGUUCAAGCACCGAUGCCCGCUACUACGUGUACAUGCACUUUGCAGAAGUUGAAAUUCUCCGAGCCAACGAAUCCAGGGAGUUCAUCAUCUAUCUUAAUGGGAAUCUUUGGUAUGGACCUUUUAGUCCUACGUAUUUGAGCACAAAUACAGUAUACAACCCAUCGCCUCUCAAAGAUAUCAAUUUUACAAUCGAAAGAACCAAUGGUUCAACCCUUCCGCCCAUCCUUAAUGCCUUUGAGAUUUUUGAGGUAAAAGAUUUCUCCCAGCCUCAAACCAAUGACAGAGAUGUUGACGCUAUUGUGAACAUACAAUCCAUGUAUGGAUUAAAGAGAAACUGGCAGGGAGAUCCUUGUCUUCCUAAAAACUUCUUGUGGAAAGGACUUAAUUGCACCUACGAUGAUACUAAUCCUCAAAGAAUCAUAUCUUUGAAUUUGUCAUCUAGCAAUUUGAAUGGAGAGAUACCUAAUGUUAUAGCCAAUCUCACUCAAUUACAGCACCUGGACUUAUCAAACAACCGUUUGACCGGACCAGUGCCUGAAUUUCUGGCUAACCUGCAAUUCUUGACUCUACUAAAUUUGAGUAGAAACAUGCUUAAUGGUUCAAUUCCAGCAAGACUCAUGGAAAGGGUAAACCAGGGUCAACUAGAUUUAAUUGCCAUCUGUAUAUCCGGUUGCGGCAACAACGACCCCAACAACGACAACAACAUAGUUGUCCCUGUAGUAGCAUCAGUUGCAUCAGUAGCUUUGGUCCUCGUAAUUGUUUGGGCCACCUUAUGGAAUAUUAGAAGAAGAGCAAGAAAACAGCUUGUUUUGUCCUUGGACCACCAGAACACUGAUGUCGUCGAUUCCAAAAAAACAAACCCAUUACUGGGCUCAUCAAAGAACCGACGGUUCACGCAUGCUCAGGUCAUAAAGACGACAAACAAUUUUGGAACAGUUGUUGGUAAAGGAGGAUUCGGAACAGUUUAUCACGGCUACUUAGAAGAAACUCAAGUAGCCGUCAAAAUGCUGUCUCCAUUUUCAGCUCAAGGUUAUCAGCAGUUUCAAGCCGAGGUGGAACUUCUUUUGAGAGUUCAUCAUAGAAAUUUGACCACGCUUAUUGGGUAUUGCGAUGAUGGCAACAACAUGGGGCUCAUCUAUGAGUACAUGGCAAAAGGAAACUUAGCAGAGCAUCUCAAAGAUAGCAGCAGAGGUAUCCUGAAUUGGGAAGCAAGGAUUGGCAUAGCCCUGGAAGCUGCACAAGGACUAGAAUAUUUGCACCGCGGUUGCACACCACCUAUAGUCCACAGAGAUGUGAAGUCCACCAACAUAUUGUUAACUGAAAGCCUGCAUGCCAAGCUCUCUGAUUUUGGGCUGUCCAAAGCAUUUCCACUCGAAGGCGACAGUCAUGUCAUUACUGUUGUUGCCGGUACCCCAGGAUAUCUCGACCCUGAGUAUUCUACAUCGAACAGGUUGACGGAGAAAAGUGAUGUAUAUAGCUUCGGGAUAGUCUUGUUGGAGAUCAUCACAAACAGACCAGUGACGAUGAAAACGUAUAAUCAGACUACACAUAUAAGCCAAUGGGUUAGUUUGAUGUUAUCCAAUUGCGAUAUCAAAACCAUUGCUGAUUCAAGGUUGCAGGGAGACUUUGACAUUGCCUCUAUGAAGAAAGCAGUUGAAUUGGCUAUGGCUUGCGUAUCUCCAACUUCGACAAAAAGGCCAACCAUGACUUACAUUGUCGCCGAAUUGAAUGAGUGCCUGUCGGCCGAGAUCAACAGGAACCACAACUUUCAGUUAAGUCCCAACUCAAGUGAAUAUAUUAUUUCAUCACCUAAUACCAGGUGAUUUUGCAAAUUCUAUUGGUAUAAUUUAACCGGGUCAACUCGAAAGGUUUUAUUGUCGAUACGUGAAUAUGUAAAGGUUUGUAUUUGAUGCUUUGAUCGGUGUGUUAGU